AGACAAGACAAGGUUGUUUAUUGAUUUCAUGCGCAUCAAAGUUAAAGGGGGUCGCGGGGGUGAUGGGUGUGUCGCAUUUCAUCGCGAACGAUUUAAAUCUCGGGGUCCUCCUUCCGGAGGCAACGGAGGUAGAGGUGGUCACAUAAUAAUAGUAGCGAACCCAAACUACUCUUCCUUGCAUUCCAUCAGGAAAAACCCAGUUGGAAACAGAGGCGAAAACGGCAAAGGAGGUAUGAAACAUGGUUCUUCAGGAAAAGAUGUCAUAUUGACUGUGCCGCUAGGAACAAUCGUAAGAGAGGUUUCACCACCACCAAAAAAAAAAUUAUUAGAUAAAGAGGAGGAAUAUUUAAUAGAGGAUAAAAAUUUUCAAGUUGACUUGUGGGUUCAUUAUCCAUUUCAUGAUGAGAAGAAUGCACAAAAUAAGCAUUUUCUUGAGGCCAAGAAGAUGAUGGAGGAAGAAGAACGAUUCCAUCAAUUUCAAAAAAGAAAAGAAUCUAGAAACAAACUCUCUUUAGAUAUUUCCGUACCAUAUACACAAUACAUCGUAGCACAUGGAGGUGUUGGUGGUAAAGGUAACCCGCAAUUUAUAACAAACACCAAUCGUUCACCAAAGUUUGCAACACGAGGAAGGGAAGGACAAGAAAAAUAUCUUGAGCUUGAGGUUAAAACUAUUGCAGACGUGGGCUUAGUUGGGCUCCCCAAUGCUGGAAAAAGUACAUUUUUAACGGCAGUGUCUAAUGCUCACCCUAAAAUCGCGCCUUAUCCUUUUACUACACUUAAUCCAUAUAUUGGUACUAUAGAUUAUGCUGAUAGAUUUCAGUUAAAAGUCGCAGAUAUACCAGGACUCAUUCAAGGUGCUCACAGAAACAUUGGAUUAGGACAUUCAUUUCUCCGACAUGUAGAGAGAUCUAAAAUUCUGGUUUACGUCAUUGAUUUGUCGAGCAGAGCACCUUGGGAAGAUUUUGAAAUUUUGAAAAACGAGCUUGAACGAUAUAAAAAUGGCCUUACAUCACGACCUUCAAUAAUUGUUGCUAAUAAAGCUGAUAUUACGAAUAUCGCUAAAAAAAAUUUUUCAUCUCUGGAGGAGAGAUUUAAACACAAAAAUCAAGAGAACGAGAUCGUCCCGGUUUCGUCUAAAUAUCGUAAAAAUAUCGUUAAG